AUGGCUUCUACACAGAAAGCGGUUGCCGUUCUGGAAAUCGGGAAACCAGUUGCUAAUAUCAUUAGCUACCCCAUCCCAGAGCCUGGUGAAAACCAAGUGCAGCUCAAAGUCACUGUUGCAGGCGUUAACCCCCAUGACCGCAAGGUACGCGAUACGGGUAUUUUUGUUGCCACAACCCUCCCAGCCAUACUCUGUAACGAUGUUGUCGGGAAGGUCUCGAAGAUAGGGGGGGGCGUGACAGACCUAGGCAUUGGGGAUCGAGUUAUGUCACAGGCUGGGCUGACCCCCGGCUCUACACAAAAUGGCCUGCAGGAAUAUGCACUCGCAGAAAUCGGAGGUUUCUCCAGGAUUCCGGACUCAAUCACAGACGACGAAGCUGCCACCUUGCCAUGCAAUACCAUUGCAUCUUUCAUGGCACUAUUUGUUUCCCUGGCAAUCCCUGCGCCAUGGUCUCCAGGCGCCAAAGAUUUCAAUUAUGCCAGUACCACGCUAUUAAUCAUCGGCGGUGGUUCGAACUGCGGCAGAUUUGGUGUCCAGCUAGCAAAGCUCGCGGGUAUUGGGAAAAUCGUCGUUGUGGGCGGUCACGAGACCGAGCUUAUGGGAUUGGGGGCGUCACACGUUAUUGACCGCCAUGCCGCCCGCGAUAUCGUCCUGGAGCGCAUCAAGGAGGUAGUUCAUGACGACCUGAUCUACGCAUUUGACGCAGUGAGUGCUCCGGAGGAUCAGGUCCUUGCUGUGAACGCCCUGUCCAGCUAUAAAAGAGGGACGCUAGCCCGUCUGUUACCUGACGGCCCGAUCGACGGGUCGAAGGUCAGCCACAAACACGCCGGUUUCGACGUGCAGAACGUUUUCGGUGUCUGGCAGGCAAAUCCACAGCUGGCUAAAGAGUUCUGGAAACGCCUUCCAAGCUACCUUGAGGCGGGUAGAAUCAAACCGUUGGAGUAUAUUGUAAGACAUGGUCUCGAGGCUGAGUAUGUCAAUGAGGUGUUGGACCGUUAUAGGAAUGGGGAAAAGGUGGUCAAGGUUCACAUUCACAUAUAG